AUGUCAUUAUUCAGGAUUAAUCCACAACCAAGUCCGCCUGGUUCUUUCCCCCCACCGAGUUCACGCAAACGCAGACGUCUUUUACGAGAACCCGAAGAUGCUGAAGGGGAGAUGGCAAUCGAAGAAUACCUCUACCGUAUUGAUCCCUUUAGAAGUGCUAGCUCCAGCGACCCAGGGCUACCUGAUACCAGUAGGGAGUUCCUCUCGGAAGAUGAGAACCCGGCAAAGACCCUCAUAUCUCAUAUUCAUCAAAUCUUGCGAGAUUAUGGCUGCCCUAUAGAGUCAACAUUCCAUUUUGCCAAGAUAACUCAAGAUAAUGGUAUAUAG